UUUGAGGAUGAUACCUUUACUGAGAAGGUGAACAAGAUGUUCCAAAUGGACUUUAGUGAGACUCUUCCCAAAGUACACAAACUAUCCUCUCCUGCUUCUCCUGACAACCUUAAUCAAUUAACUGGCCGACCAAUCAUUACCGUUCACUCUUGGACUACUUCAAACGUUUCAAAACUAUUUG